AUGAUUAAUACAGAUUCAGCCCAGACAACCGAAGACUCAACUACAGUUGCAAUACCUCCAACUGCUGGUCCAUCCUCAGAAAUGUUAUCCACUACCACGAAUCAAGUAACUGCCACUAUGGAAUCAACGUCGGGACUUAUGUCCGCAACCAAAGCUCAGGAAAUUACGGUCUCUACAACAAAGCCCACCACUCGAGUUCAAACGUCCGAAAUCGUUUCUACCACCAUCGGUCAAGUAACCACAGUAUCUACAACUACGCCUACCACUGCAGCUGCAACAUCCGAACUGGAUUCUAGAAUCACGACUCGGGAAACUACGGUAUCUUCGACAACGCCUACUACUGCAGCUGCAACAUCCGAACUGGAUUCUAGAAUCACGACUCGGGAAACUAUGGUAUCUUCGACAACGCCUACCACUGCAGCUGCAACAUCCGAACUGGAUUCUAGAAUCACAACGACUCGGGAAACUACGGUAUCUUCGACAACGCCUACCACUUCAGUUGCAACAACUGAACUCGACAUUACAACCACGAUUCAAACAACGCCUACCACUCUAGAUUACACAACAACGAAUCAAGUAACUACAGUAUCAACAAUAACAACACCUAUAGCUGCAACAUCUGAAACCGACUCGACAACCACAAAAGCAAGUACUGUAUCUAUCGCUGCAGCUGUAGGUCAAACAUCCGCAACAACGCCUUCUCUUCCUGGGCAAACUUCUCAUUCUACAAACCCACCAGUUGUAGCACCGACAUCAUCAUUCCUACCUCAAACCCUCCAUCUAACGUCCUUGACGUCAGUGCCUUUAACAAACACUCCAGAAGUAAGUUUUCAACCGCCAACAACGAUGCAGCAGGCGUUGGAGUUCUACAGACGUCUCAAAGCUAUCCUGUUGUCACCUCUUUUUUCUAAUGCCGCAAAUCUCCGCUGA